AUGCAACAUCGUGCUUGGAACGCGCCAGAUGGUGCUGAUGAGCCUGAGGUGCCGGUGCUACGAGGAGUUUUGCCAAUGUUUCCCGUACCACCACCACCGAUUCGGCCAGCAAAUCCGCCACCGGCUCGGAAUUUACGUCGAGGCGCCGCUCGACUUCGGGCGGAAUCCCCGGACACAGCUGUUGAAUACGACCAGAAUGAAGUCGAUGCUUUGAAACGAAUGAAAGAUGGUGCUGAUGAGCCUGAGGUGCCGGUGCUACGAGGAGUUUUGCCAAUGUUUCCCGUACCACCACCACCGAUUCGGCCAGCAAAUCCGCCACCGCGAAUUUUACUCGAGGCGCCGCUCGCUUAUUCUGACUCAAAUGCUCAACAAACUUUAACUACUCAUUUUGUGCGACUUCGGCGGAAUCCCCGGACACAGCUUGAAUAUCACGAUGAAGUUAACGACAGUUCGGGCAGUGCCGAGAAGCUGAAAGAAGUUACUUAUGAAGGAAAUGGAAGCUCACAUAAAAUUGAUCGAGAAAGGAAAAUAGCCGAUCGCCAGAUCAACGGUUUGUCUCUAAUUGGGGAAUCGAAACAAAACAAAUCCUUUGUCGUGGUUAACGACGAUGUGCGGGCAGUGCGAGAAGCUGAAGAAAGGUACCUUAUGAAGGAAAUGGAAGCUCACAUAAAAUUGAUCGAGAAAGGAACAAAGAAUCUUCUUACGGACAUCGAAGCUCGGCAGGCUGAUCUAACCAGCGAAAUGGAACACGUGGAGAGC